CUUUCUCGGCAUUGUGUUCAGGAAAUUGGGUAAACCUUCACCUGGUAAGAGCGUCUCGAACAUCACUAUGAUGCCUUGAAGUUAGCGCAUGCGAAGUCGAACCUACAAUGCCUUCUCUGAGGAUUAUAAUGCCACAGGCCAUCGCAUUGGUGCUCAUUAUUUUUGCAGGACUGGAAGUCGCAGGGAAUCUUUGCCCAACGCCGACGUUUGACAGAACAACGACUAAAACCGUAACUGACGUUAGCAUGAGCUCGAUGAUGCCCUACAAGGCUGAGGUGGAAUAUCGCUGCAAGCGUGGAUAUUACUUCGAGGAGGGCGAUACGAAGCGCAUCGCAAUCGUAAGGUGCCAGCGUAACGCGACGUGGCAACGGAUCCAACCCUGCAAACAAUUCACUCCGGAUAUGGUUUGCUCCACGCCAGAAUUCGACACAAUAUUCUAUCAGGUGCACACGGCGUUGAAUGAAACAUUCUUUCCCGGAGAAAAGGUGAAGUAUAGCUGUGCAGUUGGCUACAAUUUCGGAUCUGAAGCUCUGCAGAAGCGGAAUGCCGUCAGGUCCUGCACGACAAACUCUACCUGGUCACCUUUGCUGCCAUGCUAUGGAUAUAAAUGCCCAGCACCGAGGUAUAACGUGACAACGACUGAAAUCUUGUCCAAGCCGGGUCCUGUGCCGCACAAUACUGAAGUGAAAUAUCGCUGUAAACACGGGUACUACUUCGAGAGCACCACAAAGCGCAGUGCAAUCAUGAAGUGCCGAUAUAAUGCCACCUGGCAGCAGAUGCAACCCUGCCAACCAAUCCCUCCAGGAAAGGCUUGCCCUGCUCCCGAUUUCGCCUCAACUCUAUAUCUAGCACACACCGAUUUGAAGCAAGCAUUCUUCUUCCAUGAUAGGGUAAAGUACAGCUGCAAGGAUGGCUACGAGUUCAAGACCGAUGAUCCACAGAGGCGAAAGGCAGCCAUCUUCUGUACGAGAAACUCGACUUGGUCACAUUUCGAAUCUUGCUAUUCAUCUAAUGAGGACGUGAAGGAGACCAGUCAGGUGCCCGCGAUUGUAAUACCAUUAGCUGCAACUGCGGCCUCGGGCAUCGCUCUUGUUACCAUCGUUCUACUAAUUCGCGACCACAGGAAGAAGAGUAACCCACACGCAACACAACCCCAGAGCUAACUGACUGCAAGCGGAUGCGGUGAUGCGAAUUUGCGGGAGACCAGCAUCAACGAUGAAGGCGAGUGUGUGGGCGAUGUACACAUGACUUUUAGCAGUGCCUCCACUGCAGCAACAGCUACGGAAGGUAGUACAGAGGAUGCUAAGACCACCACCGCAACGCCGGAAGUGGCUAGGACAAGUAUCCGAGAGUGAUUGUUACACAGAGC